CGCCCUGCCGCCGGCGCCCGGAAGAUUCGCCGACCAACGCACCGCCCGAAUGGAGCCGGCGGAGGCGGGAGGCGGCAUCUCCGCCGCGAGGAGCAGCCCGGCCGCCGUGCAGGCCACCAACGACGACGCCGCGGCGAGCAAGCUGACCAAUGAACAUGUCGGAGGAGGUACUGCCCAGCCACCAUCAGCACAAACAGUACAAGAACUAGUUGAUUCAUUCUCAGGCCAAUUACCAGGGAGGAUUCAUGACAAAGAAAAAUCACCGGCGGGUGUUCUGGUGGAGGAGACGGACCUUGCUUCAUACCGUCGCGACUGGGAAAAAUCUUGGGGUGACAAGUGUGGCUCCUUCGAAUUCUACUCGUGCGUGAGAGCCAUGCUCUUCACAUGCAAACGCACCCCGCCACAAGCAGGCGUCAAGACCUGCCUGCAGAUCUUCUCUAUCAGAGUCGUGGAAAUCAACGGUGCUUAUCUUGAGUGGCCACUGGAGGUCUACGGCCUGGUCGCCACCCGUGACUCGAUGGAUCAUAAUCGUAACAUUAUCUUCAGACUCAGGAGGGACGCCUGCCAACUCCUCACUCAACAGGAUCCAUUUUUGGCGCUGACCGGCCCGGCUCAUGCGAUUAUCUUCACCGGGCCAGUCGACAUUGAGAUCCAACUCAAAGUCAAGGGCAGAACCACAGAGCAUGAAGACAAAGAUUUCAUCUCCAAAGUGCUGGUAUACGAACGUGAUCCCAGUGACAAACUUGCCGACGCAGGCAUAGGCAACCAAGACAUCAUGCGUACCAGCUGUUUCGGCGAGUUGUGCUCCCUACAGAUCACCUCCGCCCUGAUCGCCGAAGCGGUCGAGGCCACAGUCAUCUCUGCUGAAGUUAUCGAGGGACUAUGGCCCCCAAAGUCAGGAAUCCGUGUCGUUUCCGGUACCGCCAGCAUAGACGAGGACUUUGUACUGCUCGAUGCUCGGGAUGGGACGCUUCGUGUGGAUCCGGCUGACGGUGUCAUCCCCAUUACCAGAAAUGUUGUCUGUGUGGAGAAAGAUGGGAGGCUGAAGCUUUCUAUAGAGGCCUACAGAAAGAGUGGGCGUAUGUAUGCAAUAUCUGUUACGGAGUUGAUACCCAAGAGAUCCUCCGCCAAUAUUGCCAUAUGCAAGCUUCCCUUCUGCAUGGUCGAGUUCACCGUAGCUUGGUCCUGCCUCGUGGCCAAAGUGGAUGACCUGAGGAAGUACGGUAUCUGAUUCUGAUCUGAUGCAACCAACCCAACCAUUUACCUAGUUGUGGAGCGACUGUUUAGCGUUUUAUUUUGUCCAGUGGUAUGUUAAAGAUGCUGAACUUCUGUUUAUGUAGUGUAGUAUGGCUAACAACAAGUCGUCAUGUUAGUCUGAUCAAGUGUCCAGACCGGUAAGUCAUGUUUGUAAUGGGGUAAAGUGUCCAGGCCAGUAUGUCAUGUUAA